AUGCUACGACUAAGACGUUACCGAGUCUUCCUUUUCUUCGCCAUAAUCACCAUCUUUGCGUUCUACAAGUUCAGCGGCUCCUCACAGUGGCAGCAGUCGUCUUUAGAUCCGGCGCCUCUCCCAAACAAGCCAAAGCCCCACGUCGAAGACGUCGAAGAACAAACAGUUGAGGUUGAUCAAUUGCCUAAGCCUGUUCUAAAUGAAGUCGUAAAAGAGACCAAGAAGUUGGAUGUGCAUGUGCCCGCCGCUGAGACACCCCAAGGUCCCCUGGUAACACCACCACCUGUUGCGCCGGUUGAGAAGCCUGCGCAAACUUCUGCAGCCAAGAAGCCAUUGCUACCAGACGAAGAUAGGCCUGUAGAACAACCAAAAGUUCCGGAUCAAGGCCCUAUACCAGGCAAUCUCCCUCACGCUGUCGCCGCCGGAGACGCUGAACCUGAAACAGUCCCACCGGUGUACUGGAGCAAGCAGAAGGAACACUUCCCUCUCAAGACCGAAUCCAUUGUUCAACUACCAACGGCGAAGCCCAUAGCUGUCCCGAAGAUCCAAUAUGCUUUCAAGAAGGAAUCAGCGGACCAGAAAACCACCCGCGAGGCCCGACUCGAUGUGGUCAAAAAAGAAUUCUUAUGGGCCUGGAAAGGUUACAAAGAGCAUGCUUGGCUUCACGAUGAGUUGAAGCCUGUGACUGGCGAAUCAAAGGAUCCAUUUGCUGGCUGGGGGGCCACCCUUGUAGACUCUCUCGAUACCCUCUGGAUCAUGGGCUUGACAACAGAAUUUGAGGAUGCUUUAGAAGGCGUCAAGAAGAUUGAUUUCAGAACAACGACACGGGAUGACAUUCCAGUUUUCGAGACAACUAUCCGCUACCUCGGCGGAUUGCUCGCAGCAUACGACGUAAGCGAGGGGAAGUAUAAGAUCCUUCUAGACAAGGCUGUAGAAUUGGCCGAGGUCUUGAUGGGAAUAUUUGAUACCCCAAACCGUAUGCCGGUGCUAUACUACCAUUGGCGACCCAUGUUCGCGAGCCAGGCUCAUCGUGCAAGCACAAACUCUGUCUUAGCAGAGAUCGGCUCACUGUCGAUGGAAUUUACACGCCUUGCUCAGAUCACAAAGGAACCGAAGUACUACGACGCGGUUGCAAGGAUCACUAACGAGCUCGAGAAGUCCCAGAACAACACCAGACUACCUGGAAUGUGGCCCACGUAUCUAGAUGCCAGUGGCUGUAAGAAAUAUGAUGCUCAACAUGUUUCAUUGGCUACAGCUGAAAAGCCCGAGACCGACAAGCUCCAGAAUCAACAAGCACCGGUCGACACAACUGUCUCGUUGGCGGAUAAGACUCUGACAAAAGAGGAUGAAAAGAUGAUCCCUGAUGAUCAGAAGAUGGUCCCAUUCAAGAGACCACCUCCUGCCGAGUCCACAGCAAAAGCAACAGAUGAUGAUAUGUCUUCUGCGCCCCAGGCAGGCAAUGAUGGGCGUAUUCAAGGGUUCGAUGGUGAGAAAGUUGAUGAGACCAGCCUACAAAGGCCCAAACCCCAACAGCAUCCGGGCCCCCCCAAGGACAAGAACCCAAACACUCCUCAGGCUGGUAAAGCUAGCCAGAUACUUGGCAUGAACGGCGAGAAGGUGGACGAAACUAGCUUAGGGAGAUUAUCGAAGCCCGGAGAUGUCAAGCCAAAUACAAUGUCUCGGGAAGAUGACGUACCGGAAGCUAAACUCGAGAAGAACCCAAUCGCUGCGGGGGCCGAUAAGUUUGGUAAGAUUCUUGGUAUGGAUGGGCCUGACGAGGACGGUACCAGCCUCGGGACGCUUAAAAAUGAUCCACGACUUCCGGUACAAGAGAAGCCACUGCGUGUUCAAGACUGGGACGAGGAUCGGAAGAAGGACAAUACAUUGAAGCCGCUGUCACCUGGUCAGCCUGGCAAAGUUGCAGGUUGGAAUGAGAGAGAAGAGGAAAUUUCUGGUCUACGCAAGCGACAGCUUGAUCUUGAAGACCAGCCGACAUUCGAAGAUCUGAUUGAUGGAGUGGAUAGCUCCACAUCACCUCCUCCGGUGACAGGCUCAACUCUGGAGGCAAAUGACAAGGAGGCGCCCGAUUGUAUACCCCAGGGGCUUGUACCAACAGUCUCAAAUGGUAGAAAUACCUUCACCCUGGGUGGCAUGUCUGAUUCUACUUACGAAUAUCUUCCCAAGCAAUAUUUGUUACUUGGCGGUGUCGUAGACCAGUACAAGAAUAUGUACGAGCUGGCUAUGAAAGCCAUUCGAAAGUAUCUCAUUUUUCGCCCUAUGUUACCCCACGGAGUCGACGUACUCAUGUCUGGCGCUUUUGGCAUCUCAGGCAGGACAGGCGACGUCGAUGUCGAUGAUGGCGAAUUAGAUCCGGAGGGCGCCCAUCUGACAUGCUUCGUCGGCGGCAUGAUCGGCAUGGGCGCCAAAAUAUUCGGGAUAGAACCCGAUCUGAAGCUUGCUGAAAAGCUGACAGAAGGUUGCGUCUGGGCCUACAACAGCACUGCUUCAGGCAUUAUGCCAGAGUCAUUCCGCGCAAUACCGUGUGACGAUCCCAAAGAUUGUACGUGGAAUCAGACACAGUAUUAUCUCGAACUCGAUCCAUACGCCGAAUUGCGUCGGAUAUCGUACCUCAAAGACGUGGAGCAAUAUAAUAUUCAAAUGGCAGAAGCGACCGCCAAAGCUUCAGCUGCUGUUAUCUCCAAGCAAGAGGCCGUAGCUCAACCGACACCUGCACCCGAGGUUGAAGCCGCUCCCGCACUGGCUGAUCCAGCAUUUCCUGCUGACCCAGUGACUCCUCCCAGUCCAAAGUCUUUGGACACGCCUAAUACGCUCAAGAAGCGUCAAUUGGAUCUUGACCGUGACGAGCCUGAGAUGUCGGAUGAGGCUAAGACUGAGCAAGCCAAUAGCGAAGCUGAUCCGUUUGCUCGGGAGUUCAAACUUCUUACGCAAUACAUCACGAAGCCUCAAGUUCCUUUGACUCACGAAGAGCGCGUUAUGCAAAUACUCGAAAAGGAAGGUACUCCACUUGGCAUGAAGACCGUCAACGGGCGAUCCUAUAUCCUUCGCCCAGAGGCCAUCGAAUCUGUAUGGUACAUGUACCGCAUCACGGGCAACGAGCACUGGCGCGAAGUCGGCUGGAACAUGUUCGAGUCUAUCAUAAAGCACACACGAUCAGAUUUCGGACACAGUGCCAUACACGACAUUCUGCAGAAUGAAACGACUCAGACAGACAGCAUGGAGAGUUUCUGGCUCGCAGAGACAUUGAAGUACUUCUAUUUGUUGUAUUCUGAAGAAAGCCUGAUUAGUCUGGAUGAGUGGGUGUUGAAUACGGAAGCCCAUCCAUUCAAGAGACCGUUGCCAGAAAAUGUGGCAGCUUCGUAA